UCGUCUAAACGAAAAUAUGACAAGAAUUUGACAGAAUGGCCAGUAAACCAGACAAGAACAAAAAGAAGCAGCGCACUGGGUCAGAAUGGUCAAAGACUGGCAGCUUUAUGAACAAACCAGAUCGAGGCUGGAUCCACCCUGACACACAGCUCCAUGUAGACAGUGGCAUCUGUUAUGGAGUUAGGUAUAUUGGGUGUUUGGAGGUGAAGGAGUCAAUGAGAAGUCUAGAUUUUGACACACGUACAAGUCUUGCCAGAGAAGCCAUCAGCCGAGUUUGUGAGUCAGCUGGGAUGAAACCUUUAUCAAAGAAGAAGAAGGAUAAGAAAUUGACGAAGAUGUUGGGUGAGAGACCAGAGAUGCAGUAUGCUGGGUCCAAUGUGAACCUUACCAUCACAACAGAGGCACUCACACUUAUGAUUAUGGAGUCUGGUGAGAUGAUUGCUAACCACCAAAUGCCUGGAAUAUCUUUUGCAUCAGGAGGAGACUCGGAGACAUUAGACUUUGUUGCCUACGUGGCAAAAGAUGCAGUAAAUGGACGUGCAUGCCAUGUCCUGGAAUGUGGAGGCGGUCUGGCAGAAGAUGUCAUCACGACCAUCGGUCAAGCUUUCGAGCUCCGCUUCAAAGAAUAUCUCAAGAACCAGCCAAAACCAGUCACAGCACCAGACAGAAUGGAGAACCCUAUCAGUGAAGGGGAUGCAUGGGGAGAAGACCAUGAGGGGGAUUAUUAUAAUGACCGACCCGGAGCACGCCCACCCUUGACACAAGCUUCUGAAUAUGCUGUCCCCACCUCCAAUUUACCUGUGAGUGAUGGCAUGUAUUCCUCAGUGAAAGACCCGCCACUGUAUGAUGAAGCCAAGGAACGCUCACUGAUUGACUUCUCUGAUGCAGAGGUUGCGGAAAUCUAUGACAAUAAAGGAAAUGUGAAUGGAGCCUACAAAUUUGAUGCUGAUAAUGUCUAUGAUAACAAAGAGAAUGUCAUCACCCCCGAUAUUAACGGUGCUGCAGAUCCAUUUGAUAUGGAGCCGUUCAGUGCUGGCCUGCCUUCAGGAGAGCAGGACACCUUUCGAAGACAGCCUGAUAUUUCUCCCUCAGAUGUGCCUCCUCCCGCUACCUCCAACAUCGCACCUGUGUUUGAGGACUGGUAUCAUGGUGCACUGCCACGGAAACAGGCUGAAAAACUUCUGCAGAAGGAUGGGGACUUUCUUGUGCGACAGAGUUCUUCAGAUCCCGGCCAAUUUGUGCUUUGUGGUAAACAGGAUGGUUCUAUAAAACAUCUCUUACUGGUGGAUCCAGACGGUGUGGUAAGGACCAAAGACCGCGCCUUCGACAGUGUACCCCACCUUAUCCAGCAUCAUCGCACUCACAACCUGCCAAUUAUAUCACAGGAAAGUGAACUUCACCUUCUUCGUCCAAUCAGCAAUGCCUACACAAACUGCUGAAGGGUCUUCUCUUCAAGUUAAAAUCACUUUUAUUUUGUUUUUGGCUGUCAAGAUCAUGUAUCAACAUUGAAGUAUGGCAGGUAUAUAAUGUAGAGGUGUGUCAAAACAACUCAUAAUUAUACAGUAUGUGUACUUGGCUAACAGAAACUUGCUCAGAUGUUUAUACCACAGAUCAGAUAUAUUUCUGGAACAUUUAGGGAGCGUUUUGACUUGGAAGUCAGGUAGACAGCAAGGUGCCAUCAGACAAAUCAACUACCAUUCAUAUCUUUGAACUUGAUACUAUUUCCUGGGAAACACCAACCACCAUAGGUAAGGAAUGUUAACCUGAGAGACAUGGUUUGAUACACCCUACUUGUCACUGUUUGUGUUUCUGAUGAAACUGAGAAAUGGACCAGUCACUGCUGAUGUGAUUGUGUCCUUCGGCAACAUACUUUUACUUACUUGCUUUAGAUGGCUUUCAGUAAGCUACCUGUUUUUUUUUCCGUGAGAUAGCAUCAUAAUGAUUCUGGUUUUCUACAGGACAAAGUUUUACAACAUUCAAAUUGAAUUCAGAUCAAUGAGAAACUUAAGCAUGUAAAUGAAAUUCCUUUCUAAAUAUUAGAAGUAUGUUUAUGCAUCGGUUGAAUUUUAUACCAAUAAUCACAUUUGGAUGUGUGACUCAAUCAGUUUAAUGAUUCUGAUGUUUCUGAGAAACAUUUGAUAUUCAGUAAUGCCAGUGGCCUCCCAAACAAACAAUAUUUUAUAUU